AUGGCUGACAAGGAAGCGACCGUGUUCAUCUUGGAUCUGGGCUCAUCCAUGGCCCGGAUUCAUAGCGGCCGAUCAGAAUCGGAUCUCGAUUGGAGCAUGCAAUACGUGUGGGACAAGAUCACCGACCUUGUUGCAGCGAGUCGUAAGACUCUAUGUGUCGGAGUAUUGGGAUUGAGAAGCGACGAGACCGACAACAAGCUACAGGACGAUGAAGGCUACGAAAACAUCUCGGUGCUGCAGGAAUUAGGACCCAUGACGAUGACAUCCUUGAGGGAAUUGCAGGCGAAGAUCAAGCCGAGCAGCACAGAGUUUGGCGAUGCCAUCUCCGCUAUUGUCCUGGCCGUGGACAUGAUUGACACUUUCACCAAGAAGCUCAAGUGGAACCGCAAAAUCGUCCUCAUUACAGAUGGCCGGGGCCCAAUCGACGACGACGGUAUCUCCGAUAUCUCAAAGAAGAUAAAUGACUCGAAUAUUCAACUUACAGUCUUGGGCGUGGAUUUCGAUGAUCUUGAGUACGGCUUUAAGGAAGAGGACAAGCCCACAGAAAAGGCCCAGAAUGAGAAGACUCUCCAGUCGCUGGUCAACGACUGCCAAAACGGCGUGUACGCGUCCAUCGUCGAAGCAAUCGACGAGAUUGACACCCCCCGCGUCAAAUCCGUGAAGCCCUACAAAACCUUCGACGGCGCGCUGACGCUAGGAGACCCGAAAAGAUUUCCGGCUGCAAUGAAUAUCAACGUAGAGAGAUAUUUCAAGACCCAUCUCGCCCGGCCCUUGGCAGCGAGUACCGUGGUGGUCAAGUCUGAACAAGGCGUGGGAUCUCAGUCUACCCAAACGGUCGAAGGUGAUGAAAUGGAGGGUGUCGAGUUCGCUGCAGUAAAGCAAGCUCGUUCAUACAAGGUCAAUGAUCCCGAUGCACCAGGCGGCAAGCGGGACGUCGAAUUUGAGUCACUCGCAAAGGGAUUCGAGUAUGGCCGAACAGCUGUGCAUAUCAGUGAGUCAGAAUACAACAUCACCAAGAUUGAAACGACAAAGAGCUUUUCAAUCGUUGGAUUCAUCCCAUGCAUAAAGUACGAGCCAUUCCUCAACAUGGGCGAGGUUUGCGUUACCAUAGCUCGCAAGGCCGACACGAAAUCAGAAGUAGCCCUGUCAUCACUAAUUUGGGCGCUUUCUGAACUCGAGUCAUAUGCCGUGGCUCGCAUUGUUCCCAAAGACGGGAAAGACCCCCAGCUGGUGUUGCUGGCGCCUAACAUUGAACCCGACCUAGAGUGCUUGUACGAUGUUCCGCUGCCUUUUGCGGAGGACGUUCGGAGUUACCAGUUCCCUCCCCUGGACCGGGUCAUCACAGUCACUGGCCAGACGCUCACCAAGCAUCGUUUCCUACCAACGGAUGAACUCAACGAUGCCAUGAGUGACUACGUAGAUGCUAUGGAUCUAUCAUCGUAUGGGAUUGAUGACGAAGGAAACCCUGCGGAGUACGUGCCUAUCGACGACUCAUACAACCCCUCGAUCCAUCGUAUCAACCAUGCAGUGAAGUCGCGAGCAAUCCACCCUGAGCGGCCUAUCCCAGAAACACCAUCUAUUCUAUUGCGCUUCGCAUCACCGCCAGAUGAUUUGAUUGAAAAGGUUCAGAGCAAGAUAGAUGCCUUGAUUGGAACGGCAGAAGUCAAGAAGGUGCCCCCGAAAGCCAAGGGAAAGCGCGUGAGAGACACCGUUAAGCCUAUUUCGGGUCUUGACGUGGAUGCCCUUCUUGGCGAAGGAGAGAAGAGCGACAUCGACCCGGACAACGCGGUACCUGGUUUCAAGCAGGCUCUGGCUGCGACCGAAGAGCUUUCGGAGAUUGAAGACGCCACCAAACAGAUGGGCAACAUUACAAACACAUUAAUCACAGAGAGCUUUGGCGAUAGUAAAUAUGCCCGAGCUUUGGAGUGCCUAGCCGUGAUGCGGGAGGAGCUCAUCAAUCUGGAGGAGCCAGGGUUGUACAACACAUACGUGCGCGACAUGAAGAAGCAGCUACUUUCUGGGGCUCUCGGCGGUGACCGACGAGAUUUUUGGUUUAAAAUAAGGUGGACAAGGAUGGGUCUGAUCGACAAGAAACAGUCAGAGGUGUCGGUUGUCACACCUGAGGAGGCCGAGGAGUUCUACAAGUCGAGGUGA